AGGGAGUUUAUCCUGCUCAGCGUUUCUCUAACGGGUUAUAAGAUUUAAGCGAACUUUUAAACACUGACCGCUGAACUGUAGAGUCUGGCAGGUUUUUCAUUCAUUCUGUGCGGUUUACUUGCUAUUUUCUCUGAGUUUAUAAAGGAGAAUUCAGCUCUGAGAGAAACUUUAUUCUGCGCUCGAGCGCGUUCGUGUCUGUGUCGCCUGACAGUUUAAAAUGUGAUUUUUGUUCUUUACUUUCUGUCGUCGACAGGUUAAAGGAAACACAAUGAAAACAACCCUGUAUGGUGCCACAUAUAUUCUAAUCUUUCUCCAGACGUUGUGGCUGGAGGUACUUGGCAAAUGCAGAGAACCAGGAGAAAUCUCCAAACUUAAUCUUUCUGUGACAUAUGACCUUCCCCACUUUGUGGCAGAUACACCUGUGCAAAAACUAUUAGUUUUCAAUGAAUCUGUAUAUUUGGGUGUUACUAACACGAUCUAUGCCUUAUCUGGAGAACUUAAGAAAAUAGAUGAGUAUAAAACUGGACCUGUUCAUGAGAGCCCCCAGUGCAGUGCUUGUGAAGGCUGCAAAGAUCCAAAGCUACCACGCAAUGCUAACAACACCAGCGUUGCUCUGCUCAUGGAGACCUACUACGAUCCUGAGCUCUUCAUCUGCGGCACAGUUGGGAAUGGCGUCUGCACCAGCCACCUGUUAGAAGACGGUCAGCUAGGCUUAGACAUGAACUGCAUGCGCUCACAUAACAAAGAUGGCAGCCAGUAUGUCGUUGGCUCUGCAGGAACCCAUAUUGUAAAUGUAGAAGUUGGUGGUGUUGUGAGGUUCUUUGUAGCCAAUUCGGAGCCUCUUGACCCAUCCCUAUCAUCUCCUCGUCUUCACCAUACAAUCUCAGUACGAAAGAUGUGGGAAACACAAGACCGCUUUGAGUUUGUUUCUAAACAGUCAUAUAUGGACCUGGCACCAGGACUGCAUGGGAAUUAUCCUUUGCGCUAUGUCUAUUCCUUUCACAGUGGCUCAUAUGUUUACUUUCUCACCGUGCAGCGAGAAAGCAGCAGCUCCAAAGCCUUCCAUACACGCAUUGUGCGGAUGUGCUCCUCUGACUUGGAGCUUCUACAUUACGUAGAAAUGCCUUUUGAGUGCAUUUAUUCUGAGAAAGGGAGGAGAAAACGGUCAACACAGACAGUGUUCAAUGUUCUUCAGGCGGCACAUGUCGCCAAAGUUGGAAGCGACCUGCGCAGAAAGAUGGGAUUCAAGGAAGGAGAUGAUGUGCUGUUUGCAGCAUUUGCUGAGAGUAAACAUGACUCACCUGAGCCCACAGCAAGUUCUACAGUGUGCGUGAUCUCUGUUGCUGAAAUCAACAACUUCUUCAGGGACUUUAUGCAACAGGGUCACACCAAGCCACUGUACCACUUAUCUGGAGCUGAAAUGAAGUCCUACAAUCAGAGCUCAUAUGCUGACUCAUUUGGCUGCGGGAAACAUGAAAAGGGCUACAGGUUGGAGGUUACAAGGACACAUCCCCGUAAAGACUGGUUCAAUGGCCGCUUUAGAAAUGUUCUUCUCACCUCCAUUGCUGUCAUGCCUGUGCAGGAGCACACGGUUGCUACACUGGGGACUGCAGAUGGAAGAGUCAUUCAGGUGGUGGUUUCCCGAUUUGGUAACACAGAGCCUCAUGUGGACUUCCUUUUGGACACGCACCCCGUGUCAUCAGAAGUAGCAGUGCUGUCUGCACAGAGCUCAGACGCCUCCUUACUGCUGGUCACUGGAAAUAAGGUAUCCAAGGUUCCUGUUAUCGGGCCCGGAUGUGAGCAGUUAAUAAACUGUAGCUCAUGUCUACUCUCUCCUGCCUUCAUGGGCUGUGGAUGGUGCAGGAACAGCAAACUCUGCUCUCGCUCACCUCAGUGCACUGAUUCCCACUGGAGCCAAGGUUCCUGCCCCCUUUUAAUUUCUGAGAUCUUUCCUGCCACUGCACCACUGAGAGGCCACACUAACAUCACAAUUUGUGGCAAGAACUUCGGAUUUAGUAAGAAAGAUCGAUUUGACUCCAAGAAUAUUGAGAUUGAUGUGGCUGGAGCAAAAUGCAGAUUGAACAAGAAGGAAAGUAGCAGUCAUCGGUUGGUCUGUGGGCUAGAUCAUGUGAACGUGUCCAAUUCCGAUCACUGGGUCAGGGUACGCAGCGGAGAGGAAGAGGGACAGAAUAAGGACUUCUUGUUUGUGAACCCUGUUAUUAAAGAAAUCUUUCCUGAGUUUGGGCCCAGAUCUGGAGGAACCAUAAUGACCAUUAGGGGUUCAUACUUAAACAGCGGGAACUCCCAGAAGGCGACAAUUGGAGGUGCCGUCUGUGUGAUUCAGAGAGCAUCUGCCACUAUGUUGACAUGUCAGACUCCAUCUCAAGACUCACCUUCCCAACACAAGGUGCAGGUGAAUAUCGAUGGAGUGAAUUACAAAGCUCCUGCCAACUACACCUAUAACGAGGACCCGCUCAUCCACAGUGUCCAGCCCACACGCUCCUUUAUCAGCGGAGGCAGCACAGUGAUAGCAUCUGGUGUCUACCUUCACUCAGCCAUGCAACCUCAGAUGGUCCUCAGCGGCCCCCGGUUCACCAAAGACAAAGAGGUUUAUGUGACAUGCACACAGGGUGAAGACAAAUUGGCCAUUGUGUGCAUCACUCCCUCCCUGAAGGGCCUAAACAUUCGGCCUCCGGUUGCCACCAAGAUGAAGUUUGUGCUUGAUGGCUUUUCAACGCGACAGUUUGACAUGACCUAUGUGGAAGACCCGAAGUUUGAGGAGUUUCAGAAGCCCACUCUUAUUCCUAGAGGAAGUAAGAGUGUACUAGAAAUUAAAGUGCCUCGUGUGGAUGUGGAGGCGGUGAAGGGAGAGGUGUUGCGGGUGUCAAAUCGUUCCUGUGAGAGCGUGGCUCUGGUGGGAAACACACUGGAGUGCACUGUGCCCUCUGAGCUCAACUCUGGCACCAGAGAGCUCGAGGUGGAGUGGAUGCAGGCCUCAUCCUCAGUGAUUCUGGGUCGUGUGGUUUUCGCACAGGAACAGGACUACAUGCCACUGAUUGCUGGCGUUGUGUGUGUUUCGGUCCUGCUCAUUUUAUUUCUUGCAGUUUUUGCUUGGAUUAAAAAGAAGAAGCAUAUUGACGAUUUAGCUGUGGGGAUGGUUUGGUAUGACGGCCGCGCUCACAUUCCACACUUGGACAUGCUGGCAAACGCGAGGAGUGUCAGUCCCACUAAUGAAUUGGUGUCUCAUGAGUCUCUGGACUAUAGAACCACUUUGCUUGAGGACCAGAACUUGCCGAUGUCUCCGAAUGAGUCGUGUCGUCCUACCCCAUAUGCCCAUGCACAUGUGGACCUGUCGUCCAUGCUGGGGGCUGAAGGAGACCCAUCUUCACCGCUGCUGCCUGGUUCUGCACCUAUAGACCUGGCCAGCCUUCACCCUGAACUCCUAAAGGAGGUGCAGCAUGUGGUCAUCGCCAGAGAAGAUCUGCUACUACACGUUAAUCAGAUUAUUGGAAGAGGACACUUUGGCUGUGUUUUUCACGGGACUCUGUUGGAACCAGAUGGCCAGAAACAGCACUGUGCAGUCAAGUCUCUAAACCGUAUCACAGAUAUAGAAGAGGUGUCUCAGUUCUUAAAGGAAGGAAUCAUUAUGAAGGACUUCAGCCACCCCAACGUGCUGUCUCUCCUGGGGAUCUGUCUGCCCACUGAAGGCUCUCCUCUAGUAGUUCUGCCUUACAUGAAGCACGGAGACCUGCGCAACUUCAUCAGAGAUGAGAGUCACAACCCCACAGUGAAGGACCUCAUGGGUUUUGGCCUGCAGGUGGCUAAAGGCAUGGAGUAUCUUGCCAGCAAGAAGUUUGUGCACCGAGACCUUGCAGCUAGGAACUGCAUGCUGGAUGAGAGCUACACAGUAAAGGUGGCUGAUUUUGGUCUGGCCAGAGACGUGUAUGAUAAAGAAUACUACAGCGUACACAAUAAGAGUGGAGUCAAGCUGCCUGUUAAAUGGAUGGCCUUAGAGAGUCUGCAGACCCACAAGUUCACCACAAAGUCUGAUGUUUGGUCAUUUGGGGUGUUGCUAUGGGAACUUAUGACCCGAGGAGCUCCGCCCUACUCAGACGUGAACUCGUUUGACAUAACAGUUUUUCUUCUACAAGGACGUCGACUGUUGCAGCCAGAGUUCUGCCCUGAUGCCCUCUACAAUGUGAUGAUCGAGUGCUGGCACCCUAAACCCGAGCGGCGACCCACGUUCUCUGAGCUGGUCUCUCGUAUCUCAGCCAUUUUCUCCAGCUUCAGCGGAGAGCACUACAUCCUUCUAAACACAACGUACGUCAACAUUGAAAAGAUGACACCCUACCCAUCUCUCAUCUCAUCUCAGAGCCAGCUGGACCGGGACUGCUGCACUUGAGAGACAGGAGAGACAGACAGACAGAAAGACUGACCUGCGCUGAACUCUGAAUGAAGGAGAAAAGAUGUCCAAGGCCGAGCUGAUUGUGUUUUUCACUGUACAUACAGUCCUCUGAAACUAGCUUUGUGAGCCAGAGCUGCUGAUAUGAACUUAAUUUGAGACACGCAGACUGCUGGACUCUCAGAGACAAUGGCACUCGCUAGUUCCCUGUGUUUAAAGAAUUCAGAAGAGCGCAGACCAAAUGUACUCUCACUCUCACUGUUCUGUGCGAAGCUGUGAAGAUGAGUUAAGGGUCACUUGCACACUUUUCACACUGUUCCACAGUUUAAUUUGACACAUCUUCGACCUAAGUGUGUUUUAUUAGCGUCAGUGGAAACAUGGCAGAAAUAAAAUCGUUUAAGGGCAUUGAUUAACUGUGCAUUUUAGACACUCAUUGUAAGGUCUAGAGUGCUGAGCCAAGAUUGGCUGAAAGUUCUGAUGUGAGAAUGCAUUCUGCUACAUUGUACACGUGUGCAUAGCAGCAGCAGAACAGGACACUGGACAGGACAGAACACUGGAUGUGUUACAUGUAAAAAGAAUGUCAUGAAAUAUGUAAAUAAGCUUUGAACUUUUCAAUCCUUAAGAUUUACCUGUUAAACAAGUUAAAAAUGUAAAGAAGUGUGUUUCUUUUUGCCAGACGUCAGAUGAUAUUACAAAUAUUGAAACAUUUCAUUAUAUAAGCCGAUAACAUGAUCAACAGUCACAAUUGAUGAACCUGAAGAAUUAUGUCAUGCUUUAUUUGUAUAAAAUAGCAUUUGACUGUAGCAUAGAUGUCAGUGAAUGUGAUUCAGAGAUACACUGAGGGAUGUAAAUAGUUUCAGUUCCUCUUGUCUGACCUGCUGUAGAAUACUUUUGUACAUAGAGACUGAUGUAGCGUUCGAAUACAUACAAUGUAAAAUCAGCUUGUUUUAAUUGGAUUUCUUCUUGAGCAGUAGACCUGUUUGGUGUAAACUGUUUGUCACUGUAUUGUUCCAGUUUGUACCGAUUUCCUCCUUGUGGUCACUAAGUGAAUGUGGUACAAAUAAUAUUUCCUUUAUGUGACUUGGUUAAAUAAAACUCUGUCAUCAGGU